CUUUUAUUGUUUUGCUGGACUCCUGUUUCUUUAUAUCAUUUCAUCUGAUUCUUUGUUUUUUAGUAGUUAUAUAUAUGACCCAGCAACUCAAUGUAUUAGUGACAUUAUUACUCACUUAUAGAGCACUCCUGAUCAUGUGUAGGCUAUGUGAAAGAAUUAAACAACAUCCCCAUUUCAGAAAAUUGUCAACUUAGAUUCAGUACUGCAUUUGUCGGCCACUCUGGGAGAAACACAAAGAAGAAAGAACGGACAGCAUCAAAAGCAGAAAGAAAUCUGCAGACACUCAAGAUAUAGAAAAGGGUGAAUGUAAGAAGGAAAUAAAUAUGUGUGAAUCCUGGGGAAACAAAGCCUUCUCUACCGUCCAUAUGCAUCAUGGUCCUCAGAUUUUAAUGAGUUCAAUAACUAAAUACAGAAAAUGAGAAACUGUAAGAAUAGCUCAGAAACCAAAAAACUGCUAACUGAGAAACGGAGUUGUUCUGACUGAAGUGCCACCUAAUUAAGGUGAAAACCCCCCAUAAUGGGAAACACAACUAUUUUCAUAGAAGAGUUUUCACUUCACUGCGUGAUCAGUCCUAAUCAGAGAAGCUUCACCAUUGUGGUCCUUGCGCUUAUUUAUUUGAUCUCACUCUUUGGGAACCUAUUGGUAAUUUUAGUCAUUACAUUCAACCAAAAACUUAAAACUCCAAUGUAUAUCCUCAUAAGUGCCUUAUCGGUAAUAGACUUGGCUAACAGCACCAUCGUUAUUCCAAAGAUGUUGGCGGAUCUCCAUUUUGAGUUCUCAGCAGUGCCAUAUGCAGCCUGUUUACUACAGAUGUGCGUUAUUUUAAUUUUUGAAGAAACAGAAUCCAUGCUAUUGAUGUUUAUGGCGAUUGACCGUUAUAUUGCAAUCAUUCAUCCUCUUAGGUACAGGUCACUAAUUACAAUGAAAUCUGUUUGGACUGUGAUUUUAGUCCUUCCUGUUUUGGCAUUUCUUGCAAGCACAUCAUUUGUCUUUUUGGCAAGUGAGCUUUCUUUUUGUCAUUCCAAUAUUUUGCACUAUUGUUUCUGUGAUUAUUUCACCAUGGUUCAGGUUGCUUGUAAUCAUGAUCCUAAAUUUCUCCUUCUUCUUUCUUGCAUAGCUAUUAUCUUUGGUUUGGGCCCUUUCUUGUUAAUUCUCUUCUCUUAUGGACAGAUUGGUUUCGCUGCUCUUAAAAUACGCUCAGUUGAAGGAAAGAGUAAAGCUUAUAGCACCUGUCUCACCCACCUAUUGGUGGUGGGAUGCUUUUAUUUUCCUUUAUUGACUUCUUAUAUUCUUCCUGGAGCUGGAGUUAAGUUGUCCGUAGAAGUGUAUAAUACCAUGGUCAUUAUUGGAAAUGUCAUCCCGCCUAUGAUGAAUCCUAUCAUCUACAGCUUUAGGAACAAGGAAAUAAAUAGCAGCAUUCACAGGUUUUUCACAAGGAUGAAGACAGCUCCAAAUAUGAAUGCCUGGUAGAUGGCUCUUUAAAUUGUUGGAUUCCAAAAUCCAGGUAGACUGAUUAACCACAUCAGUACAAAACAUACACUUCCAUAUCAUUCAAUAUGCAGCUUCACUUCAAAAGUAAAUAUUUCUUUGUAGUAAAAAUGGCAAUAUGUUAAGUCAUCAGUGCAUCAUAACAAUAUGACAUGACGUAUGUGCUGCCUCACUUUAUAAUGUGGACAUAUUGUCUAAAUCCACUGUGUUGCUUUUUUCCAUAUUUAAUUUUUACGUAUGUACUGUAUGUUUUUUCAAAAUUUUUCUUGUUGUUUAUGUUUUAAGGAAGCUUUACAAACACCACUUUCAAUAU